GAGGGGUCUAAAAGAUAUUAAUGCCCAAUGAUUCUGGAUGAAUCUGAAAUUCCCCUCUUAAUUGAAGUUUCUGUCCAGGUUCAUUUUAAAUAUCUUCUUUUCGGUUGCAGAUUCGCGUGUGGGUUUUUUAGGUAAAGAAGUGGUAGUACGAGACUAGAACUUGCAACUGCGGCUGUCAACAUGAGCGCAUCAUCAGGUUCUGUUCAGAAAACAGAGGAAGAAUGGCGGGCAAUUCUGUCUCCGGAGCAGUUCCGGAUUCUGCGCCAGAAAGGAACCGAGAUGCGAGGAACUGGAGAAUAUGGCAAAUUUUUUGAUGAAGGGGUUUAUAAUUGUGCCGGUUGUGGGCAACCGCUUUACAAGUCCACAACCAAAUUUGACUCUGGCUGUGGUUGGCCUGCUUUCUAUGAGGGUUUCCCUGGGGCCAUAAACCGCUCUCCUGAUCCUGAUGAGAGAAGAACUGAGAUUACUUGUGCAGCUUGUGGGGGGCACUUGGGUCAUGUUUUUAAAGGGGAGGGGUUCUCAGUGCCAACAGAUGAACGCCACUGUGUCAACAGUGUUGCGAUCAAGUUUGUUCCUGCUAAUUCUGCUCCUCCCUGUGAGGAAAAAGUUGUUUCAGCAUAAAGAACAAGCUGAAGUGUACAAUUGUAACAAAUAAAUGAAAUUGGUGAGUAUAAUUAUGAGUGUGAAAACUGUAAACUAAUUGUGCUGGUUUCCAAUAAAGCCUCCUGACUUAAUGAUUA